UGACAUAUUUGUAGUUCGUGUUUAAAAAGGUUUAUUUCGUGGAGUUAGACCAUGAGUACUCCUAGCUCCUGGGUCUUGUAAACAUAUUGGUUACUACUUCUUCUUUUCUAAUGAUAUAUUUCACUCUAACAUGGGGUCAUGUGUUAACGAAAGGUUCCUCGCAUGCAGUUACACCAUGAGUACUUCUAGCUCCUGGUCUUGUCAACAUGUUGGUGACUACUUCUUCUGUUCUUGUGAUAUCCUUCACUCUAACAUGGGGUCAGGAUGUGAUGACAAAAGUAGAGAACAGAGAACAGAUACUUCGCUUCCUGUAUCUUAUGACUGGCCUAGCGUCUGGUGACAUGUACGACUCAAAGAAACAAGCGACAGAAAGAUUUCAUCAGAUUGUCAUUCCGAUUGAAAUUCCACUGUUUUAUCCCAAUGUUACACUUCUAUACGAGGAAGGUUACUUUGAUGAGUUAAUGAUGCGACAAGUUGUUGUACUCCGUGAUGGACAUGACGGCUUUAUUUACGGGACUGCCUACAACUUUACAGGCAUGGAUAAAUACAGAUUUGGAGAGUUUAACGUCUCAGUCUUUCAGGACCUCAAGCCAGAAGAUUACCUCACUUCACCUGACUGUGAUUGGAUAGUACAAGAAUUAUUCAAAAAUGUUUUUUACUCGGUUUGGCCUUAUUGCCAGAAGAUUAUGAACAAUUACCUGCCUGCGUAUUUCUCUGCUUGGAGUUGUGGGACCACAGCACUCUUCAUUAAGGACGACCCUGAGUAUCGGGACCAUGCAAAGCCCAUUGUAUACUAUACCAGAGAAAGGUAUCCACUGCUACCCUAUAUGUUUGAAGGCGCUACAAAUGUACAAGACCCAUGUGAUGACGUCAUGAAUGGGGUUUAGUGAAUGGAACAAGCGAAAUAUUAACACAAAAAUACUUAAGAAAAAAAAAA